AUGGAUUUCAUGGUUCCAGACGGUGUCCGGAUGGACCUCGCCGACCGAUCGAUGCGCCUACCUGACGAGGUUGGAAUACCGCUUAAUGGUCUCGGAAGAAACAGCAGCGAGGACAAAAUUGUCAGCUACAAGAAAAUUGUGGGUGACCAGAGGAGAACAAUAGUAACUGAGGGCCCGGGUCGGAUUCGCUACCUGAUAGUCUCGAAUAUCGGAGAAAAGAUCCUACGACUAGCCCGUCGUCUCGAUGUCGGAAUGAUACUGGAUCAGGACAAAGGACCCCUGAUUUGUCCGUCGGGUCUUGUGGUUACAGGGAGUGGCAAAACCUGGCAUUGGAAUCGACGGGGGAGGCCUGAAGAGCCAGCAGUACAGCGACCAAAGUACCCCACACCGCGAUCGCUGCUACGAUAUGAUGAAACCUCCGACACCAACCGGGAUCGUGCGUUGAUAUUGACCCUCGGCACUCGAUCGCGGGUGGAAACGGCCAACGCAGCCCAGAUCGAGGCAAGAUUUCCCAAUCCGGAAAGGGGCCAUCCGCCUACAUCACCGACUAACCCCAACGCCGAUCGAUAUCGGAGUGGCGAUGCUGGGGGCGGUGGGCUAAGUGAGAGCAUGCCGGGCCAGUCUCUCGAUCGGACUGGCACAAAAGAUAUCGAGUCGAAAAAGGAAAAUCCGAAUGGCACAAAGGAUGUCGAGCCGAAAACGGAAAAUCCGAAUUGUCAAUCCGGAAUCAUGCCCGAGUCCGGCGACGACUACGGCGUAAACACCCAGAUCCACCCAACGGAGGGCGUCGAGCUACACGAUUUAUCAGCAGCAUCGAUCCCCCGACAGGAUACCGAGGACGAUGAUCAGAUAUACUACCACGAGAGUGAUGAUCUCUCAGCCGACGAUCUCGCGGGUAAUCUAGCUGUACUUCCCGACAUUCCAAUCUCGACAACCGCGAAAAAGCAACACCUCUUGAUCGGUAAGGAGAACGCCCUACCGCCGGCGGCCAUGGGCGUCGUAUGUGAUAUUGAUGUCAGGAACGCGAAACCGAUCGUGUUGCGACACCGGAAAGUACCCACACGGUUCCGAGAAAAAGUCGCAGGUCUGAUUGAGAUCGUCCGACCUUCGACGUCGCCAUGGGCCUCACCAAUAGUGAUUGUCCACAAGAGUGACAGCGUAGAUAGCAGGUUGUGCGUCGACUACAAGUUGGUAAACGGCCUCACGAGACUGAUGGUCUACACUAUGCCUCUGAUCAGUGAUCUGCUAGAGAACCUAGACAAGGCGUUGUGGUAUUGCUCACUGGAUAUGUCCAGCGGCUUCUGGGUCGUGCCCAUGACGGAUCGAUCCCGCGAGAUCUCAGCAUUUAUCACACCGUUCAGCCUAUUCGAGUCAAAUCGCAUGAUCUUUGGACUAAAAAACGCGCCCCAGAUCUAUCAACGCCUCGUGGACAACGCACUACAGGGACUGCAGGCGAUCCUGAUCGCCACUCGGUUUUGGGACGAAGAUCAUACAUUGACGACAUCAUGUUCGCCGCGGAAUCGUGGGAUCAAAUGUGUCAAAGGGGGGGAAGACCUGCUGAAGGCAUGUGAUAAGUGGAAUUUAUCGAUCAGUGUUACCAAGAACUUUUGGGGUAUGAAUAAGAAUAUCUGGGACACCCAGUCUCGGUCGAAGAAGCGAUCCGAAGGAUCUGAAAUCUCUGACCGAUCUGCCAUUCCCCGGAUCGCUUCGAUCCAUACAGUCGUUCCUGGGGGUCAGAACUACUACGGCCGAUUUAUUGAGGACUACCCUAUAUACGCCUCAGUUCUAUACGAGCUACACGAGAUGGAAUUCGCAGAACUGGUCGAUCUGCCAUUCCCCGGAUCGCUUCGAUCCAUACAGUCGUUCCUGGGAAACUACUACGGCCGAUUUAUUGAGGACUACCCUAUAUACGCCCCAGUUCUAUACGAGCUACACGAGAUGGAAUUCGCAGAACUGGAGAAACGAUCGGAUCUGAGGAAGAUCUUGGACCAGAAUGACCCUAUCGCGCGGGAUAACGACCCACCGGAACUCCAACCAGCGGUAUCAUUGAAUGAGAGGCGGAUCAGGGCUCAUGAAGCCUUCACAACUCUGAGGACCAAGAUCGCGAAGACGCCGAUACUCCGGCACUUUGACGAGACGAGAACACCGGUAGACGGAAUCUACCAUCCUGUUGUGUUCGCCAGCCGCACACUAAAGACAAAUGAGCUGAACUACAACGUGACAGAAAAGGAAGUGUUGGCAUUGCCGAGGAUCUUGGACCUCUGCUACAAUUUAUUGGUGGGACAUGAGAUCCGGGUCCUGACGAGGCUUUCCACACUGGUCUGGCUGUUCAAGUCAGCGGGAUUACAGGGUCGUCUAGGGCAAUGGUCAGCUCACUUGUCGCUGUGGACUCUCAAGAUCACAAGAUGUACGAAAGGAGAAGACGAUAUACUGGGGGCGAUCGCCGUCAGCAUCACGCCGAGGUCAAAGAUCGACAACGCCUUAACAGCUAUCGCGCCGCGGAAGGAACCCAAACACCGGACCCAAACGCCGAUACCCACCGUGGAUCAAGAGGAAAAAUUAUGGGUGGUUAGCUUUGACGGAUCGGCUCGGGUAAAGCGGGGUGGGGGCGCGUUCAGCGCGAUCGUGUGGAGUAUGCCUGGGUGGAAGGUGGUCAAGGCCAGAUCAUGCUAUCUCGAGAAUCUCACCGUGAACGACACAGAGUACAACAGCCUCCUGUUGGGACUCGACAUGCUAGCGGACCUCGACCGUAAGCGCCUAGUGAUCUACGGAGAUUUCAACCUAGUGAUCCGGCAGGUUCGGGGCGAGGUCGAUUGCAAGGCACCAGGGCUGCCGCUAUUGAGGCUGAAAGCCCUCGAUCGCUUGAGGAAAUGGAGUGAUCAUGAGCUAGAACAUGUGAAGAGAGACUGGAAUGGGAGUACCGACAUGCCGCUUUGCAACGACAACGCGGGAUCGAGGUCCAUGGUGGCCCGAACACCAAAAUCUAGUUACCCUGAACCGGUUGGACGAGAUCCUCGUUCACAAGAGCGAGAAUCCCGUGGUUCGAGUUGCAGCGGUCACCACACUAGCUUCUUGAGUGAGGUCGCCCGGAGGAGUCAUGCAAGAGGAACUGAUCCGAGAAAUGCGAGUCGAUCGGAUCAGGCAGGCACAGGAGGAGGAGUGGCUCGAUCGCCGACCUCACGCAAGCGGUAUCUGAGUGGCUCGAUCGCCGACCUCACGCAAGCGGGUGCCAGAUCGUAUGACAAGAUAGUGGCCGACUGCGAGGUGGACAAACAAGAUCUACUCUUCUACUGCACCCCCCCCCACACCGAGACCAGGGGACGAUCGCGAUCGGUUGCUGAGACUGAUUAA